CUCAGUUUCAUCAGGUCGAGCUAGCUCUCGAUCCUGGUUACCUGAGUGUCGUUUUGCUUCUUUUUCUUUCCCACCCCUCUUCUACCUUUUUUUUUUCUCAACCCCGCCUCUUAAGGCAUUAACCAGAAAAAACCGUCAAGAUGGUCAACUUCACUAUCGAGGAGAUCCGGUCCCUCAUGGACCGCCAGGCCAACAUCCGUAACAUGUCGGUCAUUGCUCACGUCGAUCACGGAAAGUCCACUCUCAGUGACUCCCUGGUCCAGCGUGCCGGUAUCAUUUCCGCCGCCAAGGCUGGUGAGACCCGUUUCAUGGACACCCGUCCUGAUGAGCAGGAUCGUUGCAUUACCAUCAAGUCCACUGCCAUCUCCUUGUACGCCAAGUUCCCUGAUGAGGAGGAUCUCAAGGAAAUCCCCCAGAAGGUCGAUGGUUCCGAGUUCUUGAUUAACUUGAUCGAUUCCCCCGGUCACGUUGAUUUCUCUUCCGAGGUUACUGCUGCUCUCCGUGUCACUGACGGUGCUCUCGUCGUCGUCGACUGUGUCUCCGGUGUCUGCGUCCAGACGGAGACUGUGCUGCGUCAGGCUCUGACUGAGCGUAUCAAGCCUGUCCUGAUCAUCAACAAGGUCGACCGUGCUCUUCUCGAACUCCAGGUCUCCAAGGAGGAUCUGUAUCAGUCCUUCUCUCGUACCAUUGAGUCCGUCAACGUCAUCAUCGCGACCUACUUCGACAAGGUCCUCGGUGACGUCCAGGUUUACCCCGACAAGGGUACCGUUGCUUUCGGUUCCGGUCUCCACGGCUGGGCUUUCACUGUCCGCCAGUUCGCCGUCAAGUUCGCCAAGAAGUUCGGUGUUGACCGCAAGAAGAUGCUGGAGCGUCUCUGGGGCGACAACUUCUUCAACCCCAAGACCAAGAAGUGGUCCAAGACCCCCAGCGAUGGUGUUGAGCGUGCCUUCAACCAGUUCAUCCUGGACCCCAUCUUCAAGAUCUUCAACGUCAUCAACAACGACAAGCGUGACCAGAUCCCCGCCCUCCUUGAGAAGCUUGAGAUCAAGCUUACCAGCGAGGAGAAGGACUUCACUGGCAAGCAGCUCCUCAAGACUGUCAUGCGCAAGUUCUUGCCCGCGGCCGAUGCCAUGUUGGAGAUGAUCUGUAUCCACCUGCCCUCUCCCGUCACUGCCCAGAAGUACCGUGCCGAGACUCUGUACGAAGGUCCCCCCGACGAUGAGUGCUGCAUUGGUAUCCGUGACUGCGAUGCCAAGGCUCCUCUCAUGCUUUACGUCUCCAAGAUGGUUCCCACCUCCGAUAAGGGUCGUUUCUACGCUUUCGGUCGUGUCUACUCCGGUACCGUCAAGUCCGGUCUUAAGGUCCGCAUCCAGGGUCCUAACUACACCCCUGGUAAGAAGGAGGAUCUGUUCAUCAAGAACAUUCAGCGUACCAUUCUGAUGAUGGGCCGUUUCGUUGAGCCCAUUGAGGAUGUUCCUGCCGGUAACAUCGUCGGUCUGGUUGGUGUUGAUCAGUUCUUGCUCAAGUCUGGUACCCUCACCACCUCCGAGACUGCCCACAACCUGAAGGUCAUGAAGUUCUCCGUCUCCCCCGUCGUCCAGCGCUCCGUCGAGGUCAAGAACGCUCAGGAUCUGCCCAAGCUGGUCGAAGGUCUCAAGCGUCUGUCCAAGUCCGACCCUUGCGUCCUGACUCUCAUCAACGAGUCCGGUGAGCACGUCGUUGCUGGUGCUGGUGAGCUCCACCUCGAGAUUUGCUUGAAGGAUCUCGAGGAGGACCACGCCGGUGUUCCCCUCCGUAUCUCUGACCCUGUCGUCUCUUACCGUGAGACCGUCAGCGGCACCUCCAGCAUGACUGCUCUGUCCAAGUCGCCCAACAAGCACAACCGUCUCUACGUCACUGCCCAGCCCCUUGAUGAGGAAGUCUCCAACGCCAUCGAGGCCGGCAAGAUCACCCCCCGUGACGAUUUCAAGGCUCGUGCCCGUCUCCUCGCUGACGAGUACGGCUGGGACGUCACCGAUGCCCGUAAGAUUUGGUGCUUUGGCCCUGACACCACCGGUGCCAACCUGCUGGUUGACCAGACCAAGGCCGUUCAGUACUUGAACGAAAUCAAGGAUUCCGUCGUUUCCGGUUUCCAGUGGGCCACCCGUGAGGGUCCCGUUGCUGAGGAGCCUCUGCGCUCUGUCCGCUUCAACAUCCUUGAUGUUACCCUGCACGCUGAUGCUAUUCACCGUGGUGGUGGCCAGAUCAUCCCCACUGCUCGUCGUGUGCUGUACGCCGCUACCAUGCUGGCUGAUCCUGGUAUCCUCGAGCCCAUCUUCAACGUCGAGAUUCAGGUUCCUGAGCAGGCCAUGGGUGGUAUCUACGGUGUCCUCACCCGCCGUCGUGGUCACGUCUACACUGAGGAGCAGCGCCCUGGUACUCCUCUGUUCAACGUCAAGGCCUACCUGCCUGUCAACGAGUCCUUCGGUUUCCCCUCCGAGCUCCGUCAGGCCACCGGUGGACAGGCCUUCCCUCAGUCUGUCUUCGAUCACUGGGCUGUCCUUCCUGGUGGUUCUCCUCUUGAUCCUGCCAGUAAGCCUGGUCAGAUCGUUGCUGAGAUGCGUAAGCGCAAGGGUCUCAAGGAGCAGGUUCCUGGCUACGAGAACUACUACGACAAGCUGUAAACCCGUUCUAUGCAGACCGACUAGUUUUCCGGCCUGUUUUGGUUGGAAUCCUAUGUUUAUGAGAUUGAUGAACGCAAUACCCUGCCUAAGUUAAACGGGAGACCACCAAAAAUUACACCGACGCAAUGCAGCUUAAUGUCGUAUGGAUUUUCGAGUAUCUAGAGCAGUAGAAACCUGGUUUGCUCAUGCAUUUGCCUCCCUUUUCCCUUUUUCAUGCUCUUGUGACGUUAACGACUGUGAGGGCUUUUACGUACUAGCUGUUCUCUAGUUGGACACGAAAAUAAAAAUAUAUGAUUUUCUCUG